UUUUCCCGCCAUACAUUACCUUGCACCUUCGACUCGACAAACCCAUAUGUCCUCGCCUUGUGCCCCGAAUAUGUGACCCCGAUCAAAGACAUCCGCGCCGCCGUGGACGAAAAAGCGCAAUGGCGGAAUAGCUCGCUACUCAUCCUCAACAAAGCAAAAUGCUUGGAUACUUUGACAACGCUAGACGAAAAACUAGGGAGGUCUGUCAUAGGACUCAAACUCGUGGGGCAGGAAUUACUGCUACAACACCACAAUAUUUCUAUCGGCGAAGUGAUAAACACAAACAGCAUAAAGUUUCUAGACGAGAGGAAAGGCGAUACACCGAGUGUAUUGCUAGCGGCUAGUCAUGCGAGAACACUCAUCAAAGAAACAUACACGGCAAGAUUCAACAUGACUGAAGAGCAAACCAGAGAACUCGAUCUCUUUGACUGUGCGACCAGGAUGAUGGAAGCCAGCGAGCAGCUCUGCUUUCUUCAGAAACAGUGUCGGGAGUUAAUUGGUUUGGUGAAAGAGGAGCAGGAUCUUUCAGCG